CGUCCGAGUUGUCAUAGAGGCGGAGAGGAGGCUAGACGGGCGGCUGCGGGGGUCCCACUUCCGGCCAUCUCCCUGGGCGACGCGCAUUGUGCAGUCAGAAGUGGGCAGCAGCCGGCAGGUCUCCGGUGGUCGGGACCGCGGCGGCGGCCCCGCGGGCGGGAUGUUCCGCGGUUUGAGCAGUUGGCUCGGCUUGCAGCAGCCGGUGGUGGACGGCCGCCCGGUCGAAGGAGACGGGCAGCCUGAGGGAGAAGCCCCACCGGCGCCGCGCCCCGAGGCUGUGGCGGAGUCGGCUGAGAGCGAGCUCCUUCACCAGGCCAAAGACCUCGGCGGCUAUCUAAUUAACUUUGCGACUGCUGCUACAAAAAAGAUAACUGAAUCAGUUGCUGAAACAGCACAAUCGAUAAAGAAAUCAGUAGAAGAAGGAAAAAUAGAUGACAUCAUCGAUAAGACCAUUAUAGGAGAUUUUCAGAAGGAACAGAAAAAAUUUGUUGAGGAGCAGCAUACCAAAAAAUCAGAAGCAGCAGUGCCUCCAUGGGUUGAUAGUAAUGAUGAAGAAACAAUUCAACAACAGAUUUUGGCCUUAUCAGCUGACAAGAGGAACUUCCUUCGUGAUCCUCCAAUUGGCGUGCAGUUUCAUUUUGACUUUGAUCAGAUGUAUCCUGUUGCCCUGGUCAUGCUCCAAGAGGAUGAACUGCUGAGCAGGAUGAGAUUCGCCCUUGUUCCUAAACUCGUGAAGGAAGAAGUGUUUUGGAGGAACUACUUUUACCGUGUGUCCCUGAUUAAGCAGUCAGCCCAGCUCACUGCUCUGGCCGCCCAGCAGCAGGCUGCCGGAAAAGAGAAGAGCCAUGGCAGAGAUGAUGCGUUGCCACUGACAGAGGCAGUACGGCCCAAAACACCACCUGUCGUAAUCAAAUCUCAGCUUAAAACUCAAGAGGAUGAAGAGGAGAUCUCUACCAGCCCAGGCGUUUCUGAGUUUGUCAGUGACGCCUUCGAUGCCUGUAACUUAGAUCAAGAGGAUCUGAGGAAGGAAAUGGAACAACUGGUGCUUGACAAAAAGCAGGAGGAGACAACCGUAUUAGAAGAUGAUUCUACAGAUUGGGAAAAGGAACUACAGCAGGAACUUCAAGAAUAUGAAGUGGUGACAGAAUCAGAGAAACGAGAUGAAAACUGGGAUAAGGAAAUAGAGAAAUUGCUGCAGGAAGAAAAUUAACUGUUUACUUAAAUAAGAAUCCUUAACAUUCUGUAACUGACAUUAAAUUCUAGCUGGUAACCCUCGUUGAAUCAAAAGGCACAAAGAGUAUAACUUUAUGAAACUCAAAAUUAUUCUUUUUUCACAUUGAAACUUGCCUCUUUAAAAAAUAUAUAGAACAGUUAUUCUAAUCAUUAAAAAGGGAUGCUUUAUGUAAUAUUCCUUUAAUAUAAAUCUAGUUAGAGAUGAUGUUCUUAUGGUCAAUAUUGAUAUCUUAGCCACAGAAACACAAGUAAAAUUUUAGAAUUUUGUUUCUGUGAGAUCACAAAUCUUCAACUGUCGUUUUCUAAACAUUUGUACUUCUUGUUGCACUUUUGUUGAUACACUUAUGUUAAAGUAUUUAAUGGAUUGAUAACUAUCAAAAUUACCAAAUAGUACCAAAGAACUUAAGAGGAAGCACUUUUGGAACUGUUUUCUUGGUAAGUAUUUUCUACAAUUCCAUCUGGAGGCCAAAAGAUAAAAUAAUCCUGUUGAUUUUAAAGGUAUAAACAUCACGAGAUUUGCCCUGGCCGGUGUGGUUCAUUUGGUUGGGCAUUGUCCAGUUAACCAAAAGGUUGUCACUUUGAUUCCUGGUCAGGGCACAUGCAUGGGUUUCUCAGGCUUCCAUCCCCAAUAGGGGGUGUGCAAGAAGCAGCUGAUCAAUGUUUCUCUUUCACAUUGAUGUUUCCCUCUGUCUCCCUCUCCCUCCCUCUGUCUUCAAAAGUCAGUAAAAAAUCUUUUUCUUUCUUUUUUAAAUCACACAAUUUGACGAGAAGCACUGUGCAGAAAUAUUUUUUUCUCUGGGGCCUUUUCUUUCUCAUUUCUUUUUAACUAUACCACAUAUAAUAAUACUGUUUUUCUAAAUUUCUCAUCAUGGCUUUUAUAAAAAGCAGGGCCUCUCAUUUUUUUUUGUAUUAAUGACCAUCAAAAGCCUGAUCACCUUAAAGUCUCUUGUUCUUGUUUAAAUUGUCACCACAUAGAAAUAACUUUGUCUUAAUUAAACUGUCAGUCCUCAUAAAA